AUGGGGAAAGUGUGGGCUUCUUGGAAUGUAAGGGGUCUGGGAAGCUCCACUAAGAGAGAGGCUGCCAAGAAGAUUUUGUUGAAAAUUAAACCUGAGGUAUGCCUUUUACAGGAAUCUAAGUUGGACGAAAACAGGAAGAAGACGAUUGUGAGUUGGGCAAAAUCUAUUGGCAUGGAGUUUGAGUUUGUCCCUGCCAUCGGUGUGGCUGGAGGGUUGGUAUCUCUUUGGAGAAAAUCUACUUUCAAGGUUGUCCAAGUCAAGAAACAUCAGAGGAAGUGCAGUGUUUGGGAGUCCUGCACAUUUUCCGUGAAGCAAAUGGCGAUGCCGAUGAACUGGCAAAGUCAGGUGUUGAUAGAACAGUUCCCCUAUGGGAGAUGAUGACCUGAUAUUCCUCUUCUUCUGGGUGCUCUGUCUCGCUGAUUGAGGAGCUUUGCUGGCCUUAUGUCGCUGCCACUCUAGUAGGGUUGAAGAUGCUUCGUUUUGUCUAUUUGGACUUUGGUGUUACUUUUGGUUUCUAUUAUUCUCUACUUUUCUGUUUCUUGCAUUCUUCUACAUUUUCUCAUCUUCUAGUUUUUGUUCCUUUUCUUUUUGGCCUCGUGAUGUCUUCUAUGUGGGGAUCCUUGGCUAGUUGCUGUAGUUCCUGGUCCUUGAGUCGUUUCUACUGCUCUUGGUUCCCUUCAUUAUCAAUAUAGUUCUUUUUCCAAAAAAAAUAA